AUGCAGAGAAAUAUAUCAAAUAUUAGUAGGUUUAUCCUAUCUUCUAAAAGAUAUUACGCUUCAGGCCCGCCAGCGGGUGCCAAAGGUAGCAAUGAAUUUAUAGCAGACGGAAAAUCAGAGCAACUUCGUCAAAUGCUUUAUCCAGAGGCUGUUCCACAACCAUCCUCGAAUAGAACUAGCCCUGCAAUAGCCCACCGUGAGGACGUCGAGAGAGCUGUAGAUGCCGUUUAUCCUGGAAAAGAAGCACAUGAAACUAUAACAAGAGCAUUUAAAGUACUUGAAAGAUCAGAAGAGAAUGCACGUUUAACAGAUUUGGAAAACCGUGAAAAUAGACUGAGAGAAGCUUUGGAUAGACUUAGAGAAACCGACAUUGACUUAUGGGAGAAAGCAGUCGCUCGACCUCCAAAGAUUAGUGCUGCUAAGGUUGGUAAAAGAAAGGCUCAAACUAUGCGUAUUCCUGGAUUAUUCCCUAGAGAUUUAAGAGCUCCUACGGACACACCACGCAAUGUUAUUUGGAACCACGAUUGGAAAGCACCUUCAGAGUAGAUUAUAUUAUUAG